AUGAGCUUCUUCAGCUUGCAGCAGGCGGCGCCGCCGCGGCGAGUUUCGGCCCGGAGGGCGGCCGCCCCGAUCCGGCAGAAGCUGCUGUUCCUGGGCGGCCACAGUGACUGCGAAGAGGAGGAGGAGGACGAGGAGGAGGAAGGCGGCAGCAGCGGCAACAGCACCGGUGAAGACUCAGCCUUCCAAGAGGCUGACUCGCCGCUCUCAUCGACUCGUACCCCGGCGCGGGGCGACCCGCCCCUGCUGGAGGAGGAGGAGGAGAUGGAGCCCGGGGCGGCGACGGCGCUGCCGGACGAAGGAGACUCUUGGGAAGAGGAGGGAUUCGGCUCCUCACCGGUGAAGUCGCCUGGAACUUAUUUUAUGGCCGGCUCUCCCUCGCCGCCGCCCCCUCACAAGGGCCGCCGCUACUGCGGGCACUCUCCGCCACGCCCGGCAGCUAGCGGUUACCGAGCGCGGAGCGAGGAGCCAACUUCGCCGCUGCCCGAAUACCCUGGCACCCCUCCUCACAAGACUUUCCGCAAGCUGCGUCUCUUCGACACGCCGCACACCCCCAAGAGUUUGCUUUCUAAAGCACAAGGAAUAGGCUCCAGCUCAGUCAAACUUCGAGGGGGCUCUCUGUUUAUGAAUGUUGGGAAAUCGGAGAAGCAAGGUGAAGAUGUUAGACAAACACCUCAUGUGAACAUCAAUCCCUUCACUCCUGAUUCCAUGUUCCUUCACAACUUUGAAGGAAAAUGUCGGAGGAGGAAGCGAAUGCACUGGAAUGACUCUUGUGGUGAGGACAUGGAAGCAAGUGAUGGAGAGCCUGAAGAUGAAACUAUCAGACCAGCUAAGAGGAUAACAAUAACAGAAAGUAAUAUGAAGUCACGGUAUGCAACUGAAUUUCAUGAGUUGGAGAAGAUUGGAUCUGGUGAAUUUGGUUCUGUGUUUAAAUGUGUGAAGAGGCUUGACGGCUGUAUUUAUGCAAUAAAGCGGUCCAAGAAACCCUUAGCUGGCUCUGUGGAUGAACAAAAUGCUUUAAGGGAGGUCUAUGCACACGCAGUGCUAGGACAGCAUUCUCAUGUAGUAAGAUACUACUCUGCAUGGGCAGAAGAUGAUCAUAUGCUUAUACAGAACGAAUACUGCAAUGGUGGCAGUUUAGCAGAUGCCAUAAGUGAAAAUUACAGGAACAUGCGUUAUUUUACGGAACCAGAACUGAAGGACUUGCUACUUCAGGUAGCUCGAGGCUUAAAGUACAUUCAUUCAAUGUCACUGGUACACAUGGAUAUCAAACCUAGUAAUAUUUUCAUAUCUAGGACAUCAGUCCCAAGCGCAACGUCAGAGGAAGGUGAUGAUGAUGACUGGUCAUCUGAUAGAGUCAUAUUUAAAAUAGGUGACCUUGGGCAUGUAACUCGAGUAUCUAGUCCACAAGUGGAAGAAGGCGAUAGCCGUUUUCUUGCAAAUGAAGUCCUACAAGAGAACUAUGCUCAUCUGCCAAAAGCGGAUAUUUUUGCUCUUGCUCUGACUGUUGUCUGUGCUGCUGGGGCUGAACCACUUCCAACCAAUGGAGACCAAUGGCAUGAAAUUCGACAAGGAAAACUACCUAGAAUACCACAAGUGAUUUCUCAAGAAUUACUAGACUUACUAAAAGUUAUGAUUAAUCCUGAUCCAGAGAAAAGGCCUUCAGCUGUGGUACUAGUCAAGCAUUCAGUACUUCUCUCUGCUGCAAAAAAGAGUGCAGAACAGCUCCGGAUAGAACUGAACGCUGAAAAAUUCAAAAACUCUCUCUUGCAGAAAGAGCUGAAGAAGGCACAGAUGGCAAAGGCUGCAGCUGAGGAGCGAGCACUGUUCACUGACAGAAUGGCAACUAGAUCUACCACACAAAACAGACCAUCUCGACUCAUUGGAAAGAAAAUGAACCGCUCAGUUAGUCUUACUAUAUACUAACUGUGAAGUCUAAAAGAACUGCUGAGGAUGGCUGUAGCAUCUUUGCUGGGCUGAAGCCUCUAAGGAAUUGAAGGAGGCAUUCAAUUCCUGGUCUCUUGUCCUG